UGGGGGCGGCGGCGGCGGGGCCGGCCCGGUGUCCCCGCAGCCCCACGAGCUGACUUCGCUCUUCGAGUGCCCGGUCUGCUUUGACUAUGUCCUGCCUCCCAUCCUGCAGUGCCAGGCCGGGCACCUGGUGUGUAACCAAUGCCGCCAGAAGUUGAGCUGCUGCCCGACGUGCAGGGGCGCCCUGACGCCCAGCAUCAGGAACCUGGCUAUGGAGAAGGUGGCCUCGGCAGUGCUGUUCCCCUGUAAGUAUGCCACCACGGGCUGUUCCCUGACUCUGCACCACACAGAGAAGCCAGAACACGAAGACAUCUGUGAAUACCGUCCCUACUCCUGCCCCUGUCCCGGCGCCUCCUGCAAGUGGCAAGGGUCCUUGGAAGCCGUGAUGUCCCACCUAAUGCACGCCCACAAGAGCAUUACCACGCUUCAGGGAGAAGACAUCGUUUUCCUAGCUACAGACAUUAACCUGCCGGGGGCCGUCGACUGGGUGAUGAUGCAGUCGUGUUUCGGCCAUCACUUCAUGCUGGUACUGGAGAAGCAGGAGAAAUAUGAGGGCCACCAGCAGUUCUUCGCCAUUGUCUUGCUCAUUGGCACCCGCAAGCAAGCUGAGAACUUCGCCUACAGACUGGAAUUGAACGGGAACCGACGGAGAUUGACCUGGGAGGCCACGCCGCGGUCCAUUCACGACGGUGUGGCCGCCGCCAUCAUGAACAGUGACUGCCUUGUUUUUGACACAGCCAUCGCACACCUUUUUGCAGACAAUGGGAACCUUGGAAUCAAUGUAACUAUUUCUACCUGUUGUCCAUGAAGCCCCUCGAGGCUUUCAUAAACCAUUGAGAUUAUUUGGGCACAGUGCUCUAUGUUUCAUAAAGGUUUUAUAGAUGUUUUAUUCAGUAUGUCCUCACAGGUCAGGACCCACAGUUACCCCAUGUUUUGUUUGAACAGCAACUUCCCAUCUGGCAUUAAACCAACAAAGUUCAUUAAACUGGGAUGAAUGGAGUUGGCCUGUUAGUAAUUUGGAGGCUGUUCUGUGAUCUAAAACCAACUCUCUUAUUAAAUUGUAUUUAACUUCCUGAACAACACUUGGCAUGUAGCUCAGGACUCCACAGACCAGUACAUUAGAAAUUGGAGGCCCCUUCCUGCCUGCUUGCCAGUAUUGGUCCCCCAGUGUUGGCAAAAGUACAGUGACUGUCAGGAGGUUCCCUUUGUUUUUAGGAGGUAGGAAUUAUUUCAGUGCAUUUUCAGUAGUGUCUCAAACUGGAUGGCUGACCUGAAUACCUAAAACCACCUGGAGUGCAUAUCUUACAAAUCUUUGGGGAGUCCAUGAAUUUUAAUAGUCUUACCAAGUGAUUCUUUUCCAUAAUGAAGGUUGAGAGUUACUGGCUUAAAUUGUGGGAAAGGGUCCAGAUGUUAAAGGUGCUUUAAGAUUGCCCUCUACUGAUACUGUCUGUCUUUCUACUGUUUCACACCCUCACAUCCCCGCCCAACACCCCACCUGAAAUUAAAACUAGAACUUUAGGUCCACGUGAGCACGCUCCUGAGAUGUGGUCACUGUAGUGUGUUUGGGUGGAUCACCAGGAAAACAAGUCAUAUGGCCACUAGUAGUUCUCACACAGUUUCUGCUCACCUCUAGGACAGAUGACCUGUUGACACUUGGCCUCCCUCAAAGCCUUCCUGGACUAUAGAUGGAGUGAAAGACUAGAUCAGUAGUUGGAAAAGCUUUAUAACCAGUGUCAUAUGCUUGCUAUUUAAAGGUAUGUGUUGGUUUUUUUGCCACAUUCACUUUAGUUUUUUAAUAAAUAUUUUUCAAAAAU